CGGUAGUCGAUAUAAUUUACAUAAAUAAAGUAUGUGUAUAGAAAGUGCGGGUUUUAAAAGUAUUUUAAUUAAAAGUAAAGUUUAUAAAUUAAAUUGCUAGUUUGAGCAAACCACCCAUCGAUAAAGUAAAUAUGAGAAUGAAAAAAUCCCCAUCACAGCCUUCAACAUCUGCAUUAGAAAACAGAACUGAAUUAGAUAGUUUUCAAAAUAAUGUUAUUUCCUUGUAUGGUUGGAGAAAAAAGUGUUUAUACAUGUUAAUGUUAGUAAUUAUACUGUUAGUUGGAAUUAAUUUAGGACUUACAUUAUGGUUUAUGAAAGUUAUGCAAUUUUCUGCCGUUGGAAUGGGACAGCUUAAAAUAGUUUCAGGAGGUUUAAAAUUAGAUGGAAAAGCUUACAUAUUAGGAAAUCUAAUAGUUUCAUCGAUACGAUCUAGAGUAGGUCAUCCAAUUGUUUUUGAAUCCACGAGAAAUUUCACUUUGAGAGCCAGAAAUGAAAAAGGAAAAUCAAGCAGUUGGCUUAAAUUAGGUGAUGAUCAGUUUGAAUGCAUGUCAAGCAAUUUUAAGGUAAUUGACGAUAAGGGAACACUGCUUUUCUCAGCGAAUAAGGAGGAAGUUUACGUUGGUAGUGAAACUUUAAAGGUAAACGGUGAGGGAGGAACAAUUUUUAGAAAGGCAGUUCAGACGCCUUUAGUAAGAGCACCUCCAGGACACGAUCUAAGGUUGACUUCCCCUACGAGACAACUGUCCAUCUACGCUCCAAAAGGUCUAAAGCUCGAAUCACUGGCUGGCAAAAUUAGCGCCGAAUCCUUUGAUAACAUGACAUUUAGGUCGGAAGCGGGAGCUGUAAAAUUAGAGUCUAGUGUAAUUCUAAUGCCAAAAUUACCCACGGCCAAAGUGAACAAAAGGCCAAUUGUGACAAAAAAACGAAAUAAUAUUUUUCAGUUAUGUGCCUGUGGUAACGGUAAACUGUUUUUAGCACCACCUCAUACAGUGUGUGCAACGGAUGAGGAACAUUUUUGUAAUAUGUAAUAGUUUAGAUUUAAAAAAAUGUAUAUGAUGUAUAGCAAAGUAUUAAUAAUAGGUUAUUUAAAUUGUUGUUAUAAUUUAAAUUUUCAAAUUAUUCCGGGGUUUAUAACUAGUUUAUAAACUGCCUAUUUAAAUUAACAAAUAAUCUAAACAGGGUGUACUGAGAUUGGCGCAAC